CAUCAAACAACAACAAAUAAACCUUGACAAAAAGUGAUCCUUGUUUCGAGUCAGGCUUCUCGUUUUAAUUUCUGUUAGCUUUCAAAAUUUUAAUCUGGAUAUCAAUUAAUUAGGAAGAAUCGUCAUGGAUUGGCGCUACAUGCUGUCCGUGUCGCCGCACAAUCUGGCCGACGAGCGCAAGGAUGAAGUGGCCGUCCAUUUGGCUGCCGUUCCAACCGACCAGAAGUUGGACAGCAAGAGCUGUAAAAAGUUGUUCCGGUUGGCGCAGGUGGUGCUACGCUUUCGCAACGAGCAGGUUGGUCAACUUAGAAUCGAAAUCGACCGAAUGGUGGAAGAGAACGAACAGCGCGAUGCACGAGGAUCACCCUCAGAUCAGCUCCGGGAGCAAGUGGCAGACCUCAAGCGAAUCAUUGACAAGCUGGAAGCAGAACGGCACACGAGCCGUGCUAGGAUCAAGGAGCUAUCUGAAGAAAUGACCUCACUACAGAGAAAGCUAGCGGAAAGCAGUCACUUCGGCAGUGAAGGUGAAGACUCACCAGACGCGCUGUCGGAAAUCGAUCGCCAACAGGAACUGUACAACAACAUCAGUAUGAAGAAUAAACACAUUAAGCGUUUGCUGCGAGACUUAGAUGAUUUGGAAAAACGUAACAGCUUCCAGAUCGACACCAUCAACAGUUUGCAGGUCAGCCUGAACGAUGCAACAAUGAAUUUGACCGGAUUGACUCAUCAAUAUGAGGAAGCCCAAGCGAUUAUGAAGGAGCAGGAAGUUCUGAUUGAAGAAUCUAAUGAGAAAAUCAAACGAUUGGAAGAGGAUGUGGAGGGGUUAGCCGAAGAGAAAGUUAGAUUUGAGGAAGAUUUGGAAGGGUUUGCGAAGCAGCUAGAAGAACGGACUGAGCAGUGGCAAAGUAUCCUAGAGAAAAAGCAAGAAGAGUUGGAGGAAAUCGAAACAAAAUAUUCAGAGUUGCUGCAACAGUUUCCUGGGUAUGACAUCGAAGCGGAGAGAAAGGAAUUCAAAAAGAUGAGCGCAAGGCUUCAGGAAAAAGAUGAGAUGAUUGAAGAGUUGGAGAAGAAAAUCACUAUGCUAUCGCAGGAGAUUCUAACGUCCACGGAGCUUAUGAACAGGAUUUCGCAAGAGAAAGAGAAUGCCAGUAAGGAUACGGUGAAGGUAAGUCAGUGUUGCGAGGAAAGCCGUGCGUUGCUGGAGAAGGCAAAUAAGCGAUGCGAAGAGAUGCAGGAAAUUUUGUCCAAUGUGGAGGAGGAUAACAUGUUGAAGUCGAAACAGGCGGUCGAAGCGAUCGAGGCAUUGAGAAGAUACGAAAGUGGCGAGGAAGGUUUGGCGAAUGCAUUGAAGAAGAUCAACAGGUUGCAUGAGAAAGUUAACGUACGGGAUAAGCAGAUACGGGAAUUGGUGGCGGAAAUCAAUCUGGCGAACGAGAUUGCCAUGGAGAAUGCUGUGCUGAGGAAGCGUUUGGGUAUUAGUGAGGACGAAGUUAUACCAACUCAUUCUGUUCUGUCUAAGCAGAGGAAAAUUGAGAAAGUAAACGAACGCUUGGCUUUGAAAUUAAGAGCAUCGGAGGAAAUGCGACUUCAACUGAAGUUGGAGAAGAAUGAUCUGAAGCGAAAACUUUUUCAGAUGUCACAAUCUUUGAGUGGUCAAAGGAGUUUAGACAAGGAAAAAGCGAUGAUAUCAAUCAACAGCAAUCAUCGGUGAAGCGCCGUAACGGAAGGAAAUCAGGCAACAGAUGCAGUCGAUGAAAUCUCGAAGCUUAGUGAUACGGAUGUUGCGAAGUUCUGUGAGAAAUGCAUGAAGCAGUAUAACGUUAAUGAGAGUAGAAAGUUUUGCAAGGCGUGCAUCUUUCGGCAGAGCUUCAACUAUUGUGAUGGAUGCAUCAAAAAAUUGAAGGGUAAUAUCAACUCGGACGAAGAUCCAAAGACAAAGUAUGCUGAAAAGAUUGAAGAAUUGGAGAAAAAGUACGCUGUUGUUGUGGAGGAAAAUGAGAACUUGAGAAUAGGGAUGCAUGAGAUUUUGCAGAAAUUGCGAGAGUACGAUGCUACGUCAAAUCAUUUAACGAUCGACACAUCUACUUUAGAACGAUUGUUGCAUGCACUGGAUGCCAGAAGCGUGAGUGGAUGGUAUCACCCGGCUAUGCGGUUACAGAACGAAUUGCUGGCCACGAGAGAAAGGGAAAUGCUGCUAAAAGAACGUUUGAGUCUCAAAAGCAAACAAAGCACAUUUUCACUGGGAAGUCGAAAUGAUUCCGGCAAUGUUUGUGAUGAUGAGGAAAACACAGCGGAUAUAGAUCAAGUUAUAACAGAGGAGCCGGAUUUUGGGGAGCAAGUGCUGCUCAAAUCGGUGGAAAUCGAUCGACUGAAUGAUCAAAUCGAAUCUCUGAAGGAAGAACGAGAGCAAUUGCUUCAAUCAAAUGACGAACUAGUAGUGACGAGAAAGUUGUAUAAUGAAUUGAUGGAAUUUACCAAAUCGACCGAUAAUGAGAAAGAUAGGAUAUUGGUUGAAACGCUAGAGCGGCUGAAGCUGAUAGAAUCCAAUAUAUAUGCCUUCCAGAGAAAGAUUGAGUUCUUGAAAGCCGAGAAUGACAACAUGCACAACACAAUGCGGACAAUCGAAGUAGAGCACUUGAACAUUCUCCACGGGUUGAGAUCCGAAUUGGCGCGGAAGAAUAGCACAUUGAAAAAGUUGGAACAUCAAACCAGCGUUGAGGGAAGGAAUGUAAGUAGUCCGGAUUCAGAAUCGAUCGGGAAGCUAGAGUCUGAGAUUGAGCGAAUGAAGCUGGAGACGGCCAAUUUCUAUACGAUCUUCUUGAGAAACAUUCAGGAAGUGGACAAGGACAAUCUGUUGCAUUUGGAGUAUGAGAAUCUAGCUCGCGUUGGGUUGGUUGAAUCGAAUUUGGCGGUAGAUUUUAUGCCGAAAGAAGAGUUUAAGAGGAUCAAGAAACAGUUACAGACAGCACAGGAAGAGUUCAAAAAACAAACUAUUAAGAAUGGUCACUUGGAAGAACUUCUGAAGAUAUCACAAGAACAACUUCGGUCACAGCAAAUGUUGAUUUCAAAGUUUUCAGAUGAGGAAAUCAGUUUGCGGCAUUUGGUUGCGGAUUUACAGAGUUCAUCAAACGAAAAGUAUUUACUGGUCAAAACUCAGAAGGAGCUUGACGCUGCCAAAGAGCAAGGAGAGCUUUUUAAAUUAAGUAAUGCUAAGCUGAAGCAAUCGUUGAUUGACAGCGGCGAGGAGUUGAAUAAGUUAAAGGAGCAGCUAGCUCAACAAGAGUUAGAUUUCAUCGAACAUCAGAAAGACAACGAGCUGAAAAUCAAAUUCCUUAGCAAAAGCGUCAAGUUGCUUCAUGAAAGCUAUAACUCAUUUACGCCAACGUACGCAGUAACGGAUUUCGUGAAGGAGUAUGCCAAGCUUCUGGAGCUUAAGAAGAAUUUACUUCGACAGGCGAACGCAACCACGACAAGGCAGAUUGAUGAAGACUACGAGAGAGUAUUCGCAAAACUAAAGGAUCAAAUUGAUGGCAGUCAAAUACAGGAUAAGAUAAAUCUCAUCAAGUUCGAAAGUCAAUGCGAGUAUCUCACUAAACAACUAGUCCUGUCUCAAGAACAGAUCGAGCAGUUGCAGGAGGAAAACUCUGCUUUGAAACUGGCCUCCGUUGAAACUACAAGGCAUUGGGAUACCAUCGAGCUGAUCUUCAACGGAAAACCAAAGCCAACCAAACCGGUAGACAAAUUUUUCGACAAGGAAGUUCAGGUGACCGUUGAAAUCAGUCACAAAUGUAUCAACACAAUUCCGAUCAUCGACGACAGCCUAGCGGAGAAACCUCGUCAGGCUACUCCACCUGCGACGACGCAUUCCUCUGAGCAUUCGUCAGUGAGGAAAACCUCAGAUGCUGGACAGAUGACAGACGACUUGUACGAAGCUCAACCAUCGACAUCCGUUCCGGUGGCACUGCAAAAGUCCCUGGAAUCACAGCUGAAGCAAGCCAUGAUGUUGGCUUCAACUCGCAGCGCUUUGCUUCUGGAGACGGAAAGUCGGCUAACGGAGUGCCACGGACGAAUCAAGCUGUUAGAAAGGUCUUUGGAGGAUAAGGAAGAACAGCUGAGAAGACAGGCACAUGCUGCGGCAAACAACGAGAAGCAAGACGAUAACAUUCUUAGUUCGACGAUUGGAUCCCUACAAAAUCUUCUACUAGAAAAAGACACCACUCUUUCGCGGUAUCAGGAGCUGCUUAAAAACGAACGUCAAGAUCAUUCAAAAACCUACGACGAGAACAUUGCGCAGAUCAGGGCUCUGAAGAAGACUGUUGACGAAAUGGAACAGAAAGUGUACGACAAGCAGAAGGAAAUCGACAAUUUAAGCAUUCAGCUAACUGAUUUGACUCAGCUCAAAGCACAACAUGAAGCAGCUGCUGCAGUCCGGGAAGCUCAACAGGCGGAGUCUAGGCAAGCCAACAAGCCAGAAUUGAUAUACACCGACAAGCUCAUCGAGAACAUUUUUGAGACCGAUCAGAAAAACGAGGAGGAGAUUGAGGAGCUGAAAAGGAGAAUCAAAGAGCUGGAAAGCAAGCUUCAAAGUGCAAGUGAAGAACUGCGGAAAGGCCAAACGAAUCUGAGGGAGAUGAUCGCGAGAGAGAAGCGCGCCGAGAAGAAUUUGAGAGAAAAGGAAGCGGAAAUUGUGGCGCUGAACGAGCGACUUGCCAGAGAACAUGAGGAUUUGAGAGAAUUCACCGACAACAUAGCGAGCGCUCAGGAGAUUGAACAACUGAAGGAAAUGCUGGAGGAAAAGGACCGUCACAUACAGGAUCUGACCGAGACUUUGAGUCAGUUUCACGACGAUCAACAAAAGUUUAUGAACGACACUUCCCUACAUUCUGCUGAACAAGUUUCUCAGCUUAGCGCAGAUUUGAAUCGAAGCGAGGCUUCGAAUCGUGUGCUCAAAACGCAAAUUGAAGCACUGAAGCGUCAGAUAUUGAGCAUCCAACAACGUGAGAAGCAAUCACGUGAUUUGGUAAAAACUCUAAAGAACCAGCUCAUAAAACGACCGGUUAUUUCGAUGAAACCGGAUCGAACUCCAACUCCAAGAGAAGAGCAACUUGCCCGGAAACUGCAACAACUGGAGACCGAGCUGUUGGACACGAAGGAUGAACUGCGCAAGCAGAUCAACAUCAAUGAGAAUCGUCGCGCGAAGAAUGCGGCCGAGUUGGAUUUGUGGAACAAACAGAAGCGUUGGCAGCAGAUGGCCGAAAAGCUGAAGGUACAGCUCAAGGAGCGUGAAGUUGAGUUGGAUAAGUUGAAGGUUCAUUUCAAUUCAGCCAAAAAUACAAUAGUACGACUAGAACGGGAGAAGGCCAUUUUGGAGGGAAGAAGCAUUCGUGGCAGCAGUGCGGGAUCUGUUACGUUGGCCGCUUCACGGUUUGGUGCUGGGGAUAGCAAGUACACUCCGGCAGAUUCUCCGGAUUCGUGCACCACAGAAGGUACGGCGUCGGACGAGGCUAGCACUGAAGUGAACACCUUUGCGCAAAAUAGCAAGGAGAUUAUCGAGGCACUGAAGAACAGAAUUGAGUCGCAACAGCGAAGGAUUGUGGCAAUGGAGUUGGAGCGAAAGGGCUCCAACGCGAUGACCCACGAGCUGGAACGGAUGCAGGAAAAGCAAUCCAAUCUAGAGGCACAAAACAUUCGACUGGAAGCGAAAGCCCUUCAGCUUCAGCUGGACAAUGACAUGCUUCGUCAGAGUGACGAGUCUGAAAGACUGCGCAGCCAGAUUAAGCAUCUUGAAGAGUACAUAAUAGUGUUGAAGGAGGAACUUAGCAAGGUAACAGCGGGUUGUCCGGAAACGAUAAACUUUGAUAACUUGUGUCAGCGAUGCUCCCGAUGUAGUACCUCCGGAUCGGCCACCAAUAGCGAGCUGGCCGAUUACAACUCCAAAUUGGAGCAAACUGUCAUUGCGCUACGCAGGGUUGUGGAAAAACUAAAAGUGGAGAACAAGCAACUCAAGGAGAACAAACCAUGUCCGAUGACAACGGCAAACGAUCGCAAAUCUGCCCAGGGGAUGGUGAGCAAAGAAAGUUACGAACGUCUGCAGAAGGAACAUGACAAGCUUCAGCAAAACUACACGGAAGCCUUGAAUCGUGUGGCUGCCCUACAGGUGGAAGUUGAACUGCUAUCCAGUGUGACCUGCCCACGGUGCCAUCCGCGGGAGGGUGCUUCCCAGGAGUCGGAACCGGACUUGUUGGAAAAGAAAACGCAACUGCUGGAGAAGGCGAAAAUUCUGUUGAGCCGUGCAGCCGCUAAGGAACGUUACUUGAAGGAACAAAUUGCGCUGCUCAGAAGGAAAUGUUCAGAUUUGCAAAACGUACCUGUUAUCGAUGAGAUCAGCGAGUAGAUUAUGCAGCUGAUCGUACUUCACAGGAUCUUCUUAUCACUGCCAUUUUGUGUUGAAGUUUUAUAUCUUGGUUGAGUUUUGGAUUUGUUCACUCUCUUUGUUUUUACACGAGUCCUUUAAAACGCACAAUUUCACUUAAGGUGAACUGUUCAUUUAAAAUGUAAUAUGUAUCUUCGGUCGUGCAAGUAAGUUUCACAGAUAUAAUAAGCCUUAAU